AUGUUUGUUAUUCUCCCAUCCAUAUGCUUUGCGCAGGAUGAUUUCGAUCUCAACAGUAGUAGCCCUACUGCAUCGUCGACCCCAGCAAAUAUUUCAAGCUCGACAAGCUCUGCAGCUGUACAGACACACACCAUUUCAGUCGGCCUAGCAGACCACAAAUUCAAACCUGAAUCAACAAACGCUAACAUUGGCGAUACGAUAGAGUUUGCCUUUUAUCCUUUGAACCAUAGCGUCGUGCGCGCGGAAUACGGCUUCCCAUGUAUCCCCUAUGAAAUGAUUGGGCAAGGCAAAACUGGUUUCUUCAGCGGGUUUAAGCCCGUCGACUCUGUCCUUACCUCCCCACCAACCUACAGCAUCGAGAUCGAAAACACCGACCCCAUAUUCUUCUACUGUUCGGCUGUAGGUUCUUGUAUAAAUUACGGCAUGGUCGGGGUUAUCAAUCCGAACACAACGACCAGUGUCGCUCGGCAACAUCAACUAGCGCUUGAUAGCAGCUACAUGCUCAACCCUGGCGAACCAUUUCCACCGGAGAGUCCAGAGUCGAGUAAUACACCCAUUGGUUCAGGGACAGCAGGACUCAGUGAUAGUACUAGCAGCGAGAAGGAUGGCCUUUCGACUGGUGCCAUUGCAGGAGUUGCCAUAGCAUGCUCUUCCGUUGUCAUCAUUGCAGCCUUGCUUUUCUUCUUCUGGGGCCGCACAAAGGGCCUAAGAGUCAAAGUCGAUCAAAACACAGGAGAGGUACGCCAAGGCCCAAACAACAGGAGUCUGCCAGCGAUCUCGGAAACCGGUCACACUCAUCCUGCCAUCCUCCGUGGGAACGAAGUAGGGGGUAUCUAUCACCAAUACCAACGAACGCCUCUUUUGUCGCCACCCAUUGUAGAUUCUGCAUACCAGCAAUACAGCUACAAUCAGUACAAUAAUGUACCAAGUUAUAGUACGCCAGUACCAUCGUACUUUCAUCCGCCUCCGCCUUCUACUCAUGCACCUUCUCUUCUACCUCAUGCGCCGCCGCCAUCAUCUUCGCAACAGGAUCUACAGCAACAGCAGAGUGCGUAUAAAUACGAUAUCAACAACCCUACCGGUCAUCCCGGUCAUACAAUUCCUCCUAUACGACGACAACCCCCACCUAGCUUCCACCACGCAUCCUCCCAACGCUCCCUAGGUGGUGCAUUUGAACUCUCACCUACAGGAGAUUGUCCAGCAACUCUUCAAAACGAUCACGUCAAUCCCUCUCACAUUGGCAACAACGCCAACGCCGACAGCCCUGACAUCAUAUCUCCAUCUCCUUCCCAUGCGCACGGUAUAGCAUCAACACCACACGUUCUUGCUGCCGCUGCCACUGCUGCUACCAACGAGGUAGAAGAAGCGAUACCAAACUACUAUGAGAUCGUAUACAGACAUAGUCCCAAACAUAUCAACGGGGGACGGAUUGGGCCUACAGAAAUAGACGGGAGGGCUGUCACAGGGGAGAUUGCACCUGCGAGAAUGAUAGAGGCAAAGUGGGAGGAAGUUGGCGAAAAGACAGUAGGCUGA